AUGACCGGGCCUCAUUCCCCCUUGCUGGCCAGCCCCCCUACGCCGCCUCUCGGGGGGUCAGGACAGCCAGGGCACGGCACUCAGUCGGCAAGUAAGUAUGACGACACCGAUGUGCGCGCGUCGUCUCGCAGACUCAACAGCAGGGACAAUGCCGUUGAUGAGGGAGACUCUCUCAGACCAGAGCCCAGCGGAGAACCCGGUUCGGACGCAGAAAAUAACAAGUUCGCCUUCUCGCCCGGCCAGCUGGAUGAACUCUUGAACCCCAAGAACUUGGACGCUUUCGGCACUUUUGGAGGAUUGCGCGGGCUGGAAAAGGGUCUACGAACCGACGUUCAGAGCGGCUUGAGCAUGGACGAAACCGUGUUGCAUGGUAGGGUGAGUUUCAGCGAGGCGGUUUCACCACCCAGGCCUAACUCAGCGUCUCUCGCGCCAUCGCGUGAUACCAUGUUGGAUGCACCGGCAGGCAGGCAGCCAGAGGACCGAUUUGUGGAUCGGCAGCGCGUGUUUGGAACCAACAAGCUUCCCGAGAAGAAGCUCAAAUCUAUCUGGGUGCUGGUGUGGAUUGCGUACAAUGAUAAGGUGCUAAUCCUACUGUCCAUUGCCGCGGUUGUUUCUCUCGCCGUGGGUAUUCCCCAGUCUGUGCAAGGAACAGGCGUAGAAUGGGUAGAGGGAGCCGCGAUCCUUGCUGCCAUCUUUGUUGUGGUGACCGUCGGCGCGGCAAAUGACUGGCAGAAAGAACGGCAAUUCGCUAAGCUUAACAAGAAGAAAGAAGAUCGAUAUGUCAGGGUUAUCAGAUCAGGCAAGACAGCGGAGGUUCUGACCUAUGAUAUUAUUGUCGGGGACGUGAUGUGUCUGGAACCUGGUGAUAUGAUCCCGGCAGAUGGAAUCCUGAUUGACGGACAAGGCGUCAAGUGUGACGAGUCUUCAGUAACAGGGGAGUCAGACCUCCUUCGCAAAACCCCGGGCGGGACAGUCUACGACGCAGUUACACAGAAAAAGGACCUGAAGAAGAUGGAUCCCUUUAUCAUAUCAGGGUCCAACGUUGAAGAGGGUACGGGGACUUUCCUGGUCACUGCUACUGGUGUCCACACAACGUACGGCCGAACAGUGAUGUCUCUCCAGGACGAGGGCGAGAUCACCCCGCUGCAAGUCAAGCUAAACAUGCUGGCGGACUAUAUUGCCAAGGUCGGCCUUAUCUGCGCCCUGAUACUGUUCGUGGUGCUCUUCACCAAGUUUUUGGUCCGCCUCAAGGAGAUACAGGGUGGUGCAGAGGGAAAAGGUCAGGCCUUUCUGCGCAUUUUCAUCGUGGCCGUAACCAUUGUCGUUGUAGCAGUGCCCGAGGGGCUGCCAUUGGCGGUUACCCUCGCUCUCGCCUUUGCAACAACAAGAAUGAUCAAGGACAACAACCUCGUGCGCUUACUCCGGGCAUGUGAGACCAUGGGAAAUGCCACGACCAUCUGCUCCGACAAGACUGGCACACUCACAGAGAACAAGAUGAGCGUCGUGGCUGCGACUCUAGACACCAAGUCACAAUUUGGAGGCCAACCGUCUUCAAACCGUGCAGGCAGUGCACCAGGCUCAGGGACUAUUUCAGCCUCGGAGUUUAUAUCGACGCUUUCACUAUCAAUCAAGGAGCACUUGAUCCAAUCAAUCGCGCUCAAUUCAACUGCGUUCGAGAGUGACCGAGACGGAGGGACGACGUUUAUUGGAUCUAAGACUGAGACGGCGUUGCUGUCAUUCGCGCGAGAGCAACUCGGACUUGGGCCAGUGGGCGAGGAGAGAGCAAACGCGGAGAUCGUGCAGAUAUUCCCGUUCGACUCGAGCCGCAAAUGCAUGGCAGUGGUCGUUCACAUGCAGAAUGGAAACUAUCGGAUGCUUGUUAAAGGUGCUGCUGAGAUCUUACUCCGCCAGUCGGCGCAGAUAGUGCAGGAUGCAACCAAGGAUUUGGCAGAGACGCCGCUCUCCGAGACAACAAGGACCACGCUAGACACCAUUAUCACUGACUACGCGUCUCGCUCUCUGAGAUGCAUUGCUCUCGUGCACCGGGAUUUCCAAGAAUGGCCGCCUCAUGGGACACCGACGGACGAAUAUGGAAUGGCAGACUUUGAGCCAAUCUUCAAGGACAUGACGAUGCUAGGCAUCUUCGGCAUCCAGGACCCCGUCCGCGAAGGAGUCCCUGACGCAGUCCGCCAGUGUCAGCGUGCCGGGGUUUUUGUCAGGAUGGUGACUGGUGACAACAUUACCACGGCCAAAUCCAUCGCCCAGCAAUGUGGCAUCUACACGGCUGGCGGUAUUGCUAUAGAAGGGCCUGAAUUCCGCCAGUUGAGCCAUGAUCGGAUGAACGAGGCCAUUCCCAGAUUACAGGUCAUCGCGCGGUCAAGUCCAGACGACAAGAAGAUUUUGGUCAGCCAGCUCAAGACACUUGGCGAGACCGUCGCGGUGACUGGGGAUGGGACAAAUGAUGCGCAAGCACUCAAGACUGCGGAUGUUGGCUUCGCGAUGGGCGUUACAGGCACGGAAGUUGCCAAGGAGGCGUCAGAUAUCAUCAUAAUGGACGACAAUUUUACAUCAAUUGUCAAGGCCAUAGCCUGGGGACGGACGGUUAACGACGCGGUCAAGAAGUUCCUUCAAUUCCAAUUGACCGUCAACGUCACUGCGGUUGUUCUCACCUUUGUUUCCGCUGUUGCCAGUGAUGACGAGGAUUCUGUCCUCAGCGCAGUGCAGCUGUUGUGGGUCAACCUCAUCAUGGACACUUUCGCCGCUCUUGCACUUGCGACGGAUCCUCCUUCGCCUUAUGUCCUCGAGCGCACACCCGAGCCCAAAUCCGCGCCGCUAAUCACCCUGACAAUGUGGAAGAUGAUCGUUGGGCAGGCCAUCUAUCAACUGGCAGUGACGCUUGUCCUGAACUUUGCUGGCCAAUAUAUCUUCCCGAAGUGGGGUAGCGGAUAUAUGCAGACAGUGGUGUUCAAUACGUUUGUCUUCAUGCAGAUAUUCAACCAGUACAACUGCCGUCGGGUUGACAACCGUCUAAAUAUUAUGGAGGGCAUUCUAAAGAACACAUGGUUCAUCGCCAUUCAGGUCAUCAUCGUCGGCGGCCAGAUCGUGAUCGUCUUCCUCGGCGGGCAAGUCUUUUCCGUGCGGCGUCUUGACCAGCCCUCACAGUGGGCAGUGAGCCUGUUGUUUGGAGCUCUUACAGUACCGGUGGGGAUGAUGAUACGUCUGAUCCCGGAUAAAGCCAUCUCUAAGCUUAUUUCGUAUGUCUGGCCCGGCGCAAAGGGUCCUGAGCCGGGUAUCUCUGGGGAAGGCCGCCAGUACGGGUGGGACUUUGCACUAGAGGGAGUCCGCGACCAGCUGGCGUUUAUGAACAAGGUCCGAGGAGGGCGACUGAGGCAUAUAAUACACAAGCACCCCCAAGUUUUCCGCAAAUCUCGUGGCAGCUCACGUCCCCCAGAUUCGUCUUCGCUGCCCAAUGCGGUUGGAGACUCGGCACCUGCGACUGAGAGCACGCCUUUAAUUCGUGACAGUGGGACGAGCCAGACCUAG